AUGCCCUUGCCGGACCUCUUAAAGUGGAACGACUUUUGCCGGACGAAUCAGCCCAAGCCCGUGGCCUUCAUCUACGUGCGAACCGGCGGCGUCUUCGGAAACGUCUUUGUGGAUUUCGGUCCCCAGCAUGUGCUGAUGGAUGCCAACGGACAGGUGGCCUUCGUUGCCGCCGCACCAACCCGGGUUACUCCCCUUGCGGCACCAGGAGGCAGCCAGCGAGCGCAGCCGAGCGGGCUGCGAGCACAGGCGCCCGCGGCCUUGACGCCGGCGGCCGCGGCCCUCGCAGGGGCCGCAGCCGCCCUGCGCGGACGCCGGGCGCGGCGUGCAGCGCGGCUGGAGCGAAAGGCCUUUGGAAAGUUUCUGGGCAACAUCAAGUUCCCAUGGGACAAUGACAAGGAUGACAAGGCGGAGUCCUCCAGUGGGGCCGAGAAGGGGAAGCCCUCCACGACCUGGAAGGAGCUACUGCUCCUCAAGGACUUGGGGCAAAGCUCCUUCGACAAGGCCCUGCAAGUGAACCUCGACAACAGCAUCUACGGCAGUUUCGCAGAGAUCGGUGCUGGCCAGGAGGUCUCUCGAACCUUCCUCACGGCUGGCGCGGCCGCAGGAACUGUCGCUCGUUCUUUGUCGGCCUACGACAUGCAGAUCUCUGAUGUGACCUAUGGCAAAGCUGCCCGCUACGUGACGAAGGAGCGACUGGGGCAGAUGCUUCAGACGGAGUACGACACUUUGGAGGCCAGCAUUCGGGACGAGCCCUGGCUGCAGUCUACCCGGAUUGUGGUUUUGCGAAUCCGGGAGCCCUAA